CAAUGAUAACUAUUGGCACAUUUGCAUAUAAAAGUUCAGAUUCGUGUUAUUUUGAUUACUAGUCUUUUACUCUCAGAUCGGUGACUAGCUGCAAUUAGCAAAUCAAUAUGAGUCGCGAUUUUCAAUCAUCACCAAAAGGUUUUUCCACCAAAGCCAUCCAUGCUGGAUAUAAUCCCGAUAAUUCGGAUUCCAUGUGUGUGGUCCCACCAAUCGUGAUGUCCACAACAUACAAACAAGACAGACCUGGCGAAUUCAAAAAAUACGAAUAUGGACGUUCCGGAAAUCCAUCCAGAGAUGUUCUGGAAUCUUGCCUUGCUUCAUUGGAAGGAGCAAAACACGGAAUUUGCUUUUCAUCCGGUUUGGGGGCAAUCACCGGUCUUUUAGGAAUGUUCCAAAGUGGUGAUCACCUCAUCACUGGAAUGGAUUUGUACGGUGGAUCGAAACGUGUCUUCAGCCAAAUCAGCACAAGAUUCGGAAUGGAAGUCAGCCAUGUUGAUUGUACAGAUAUAAGGAAUAUUAAAGAUGCCAUUAAAGUUAACACUAAAUUGAUUUGGUUGGAAACACCGACGAAUCCUACGUUGAAAGUCAUAGAUAUUAGAGCCGUUGCCGCAUUGUCAAAGGAAAAGAACAUUAUCCUCGCUGUUGACAAUACUUUCCUUACUCCGUACUUCCAAAGACCACUAGAGUUAGGCGCCGAUCUUUCUACAUAUUCUCUAACUAAAUACAUGAACGGACAUACGGACGUAAUCAUGGGGGCUAUCCUCACCAAUAAUCAACAGUACCACGAAAAACUGCGCUUUUUACAAAACGCAAUGGGCAUUAUUCCAUCCCCGUUCGAUUGUUCUCUGGUAAAUCGUAGUUUGAAGACCCUGGCUUUGAGAAUGCGCCAGCAUUCAGAGAACGGAAUACAAGUAGCCAAGUUCUUAGAAACUCAUCCUAAAGUAAAACAGGUUAUGCACCCAGGAUUGGCUAGUCAUCCGCAGCAUGACUUAUUCAAAAGCCAAACUUCCGGACAUAGCGGCAUGGUUGCGUUCUACCUCAAGGGAGAACUGAAAGAAUCCAUGAAGUUUUUGGACUCAUUGAAGAUAUUUACAUUAGCACCUAGUUUAGGCGGCUGCGAAAGCUUAGCCGAUUUACCAUGCAAGAUGACAGCCGCCAAUGUUCCUGUAGCCCAGCAAAAGAUCCUCAACAUCAAUGAUAGCCUUAUUAGGUUAACAGUUGGAUUGGAAGACAUCGAGGAUUUAAUCCAUGAUUUAAAGCAAGCACUGGAUUCUAUUUAACUGAAUAAUUAAUAACCAUAAAUCAACAAAAAAUAUAUAUUCUCAUUGAGUGCAGUAGCACCCAAUCAAGGUGUAAUCUU